AUGUCAACGCCUCACCUCCUAGCAACUGGCAACCCUCCUCCUCCCCCUCCCUCCCCCUCCCUCCCCCUCACUCCCCCAGCCUCCCAGUACUUGCUAGGCCAGCAGAUGCAGCCUCAGCCCAACACCCCUGAGCCAGAGGAAUCAAUGCUGGAUGCAGAAGAGGUCGAAGAAGAACAGGCAUCCAAAGCUGGAGUGGUCCAGCUUUGGAUGCAUGCAUGGUACUUCUGGGACAACCAGCUGAACCUGUGCUUUCACUGCGUGAUGCCUGUGGAACCCCAAUCUCCUGGCUCUAUUGUUGCUGGUACAGCAAGUUCAAAGACUGCCAAGAUGCUGGACCAGCAAAUCAAACAUCGCUGGCAGUGGAUCCCCCUGGCCAUCCCCAUCUGCACACUCCAGUAUUCUGCUGGAGAAUUCCCUGGCUACAUUCUCCCAGACUCAGCAGUUGAGAGCAUGGCACACAUGCAUCCUCUGGUGCACACUGCUGCCCUGGGCUUGCCUGGCAAGCCAGGCCAGGAAGGAGAUGCAUGGCUCCUGGAAGAUGACAACAAUCUGGAGAUCCAGGAUGUGGUGAACAAGGAUUGGGAACAGGAGACAACAGCAUUGAUCAAGUAUUUCCACAUGCCUGCUGGCAUGCAGUAUGCUGGCCCCUACAUGUGCAAAAUACUGGAGGAAUGCCAGUUCCUUGCUGAUGAUGGCCAAUGUCCUCCUGGCAUUGUAGACUGGCCAUGGUCCAGCAACAACAACUGGAAAGAACAUAUGGACAAGACAAUGAAUUUUUUCAGUGUCAGCAGCAAGGAACCCUAUUUCAAACAGGCAGAAAUAACCAAACAGUUCUUUGUGUAUGAACUGCUGGCCCUAUAUCUGCUCCAGCAAUGGCAUGCUCACCUCAACACCCCUUGGCAGAAGUGCAAGAAUCUUGUCAACAAAUGCAUCAACCAGACAGCAUCAUUUGUGGAUGCAACAGACAUGGAGCUGGGCCAGAUUGAAACAUGCUAG